AUGAUAGUGCCUAAUCCAGAGGCAUUAAAAACUUGGUUAGCCAGGGUGCUGGAACCAUUGUGCGAUGCAGAUCCCGCAGCUCUUGCCAAAUAUGUAUUUGCUCUGGUCAAGAAAGACAAACCCUUGCAGGAGCUCAAGGACAGUAUGGUUGAGCAAUUAGAAGUCUUCCUGCAAAGUGAGACAAAGCGAUUCGUGGCAUUGCUCUUCCUUGUUUUGGAGAAAGAUGACUACACUCUGCCAGUACCAACAACACUCUCUCAAUUGGCAUCUGGCGAGAGUCCUUCAUCCACAACCGAGGUGGAUGUGAAAGUCAAGCAGGAAGUCAAGAUCAAGCAGGAGCCACUUUCAACACCUACGGUUGCUCCAGCAUUAGAACCUCAACCCAAAGUAGCACCUACUCCUCAGAGUACAAGUCAACCCACAGUUUCUAGUAGUACAUCUGCCAGUGCCAACUCAGCUAGUGCAACACCAAGCAGCUCCACUGUUGCUGUUGCUAGUGUUGUCCAGGUCAAUGGAACUACAGCAAAUUCUGCACCUGCAGCAGGCUACAGUGGCAGAUCUUCUCACAGGAAAUCGGACUCUGACCGAGACGAGAAAAACCGCUCGGCUAGGUCAACACGUCACUCCUCUCCGCCCAGGAAUAGAUCACGCUCCCGCUCAUGGGAUAGAUCAAGGCGGUCGCGCAGCCGGGACAAGGACCGGGACAGGCUGCGCGAGCGCGACCGCAGCCGCUGGCGGAACAAGUCCCCGCCCGCGCGAAGAUACGACCGCGAUAGAAGGAGAAGCUGGUCGAGGACGAGAGGGGGCUCGCGUUCAAGAUCAAGGUCUCCUCGCCAUGGGUCAGGAUUUAGAAGUAGGUAUCGCCGUUCUCCUCACGGUAGAGUUUCAUUGUCUCGCUCCAGAUCACACUCGAACGAACGCAAGAAAGAACCAUUAUCUGGUACAGCAACACCAACGCAAGACAGUAACCAUGGAGAUUCGGACCGUGUUAUUCCUCCAUCUCAAAGUAUUCAAAGUGUUGUUAGCCAAGUGCCAAAGCGGCGAUGUCGGGACUUCGAUGAAAAGGGAUACUGCAUGCGAGGAGACUUGUGUCCCUAUGAUCAUGGAUCUGAUCCAGUUGUGUUGGAGGACGUGUCCCUGUCACGAGUUCUUCCAUAUGAGGGUGGACCGGCCCAACCUGGUGCAGGCCCACCAGGCUCAGGCGUUCCAAACGACAUUGGUGGACUUCAAAGUACAAUUGCCGUGGCUCCUUCGGGUCCCGGUGUCAUGGGUGGAGCCCAACCCCCACCAUCUAUGGUUCAAAUGACUGGCCACAUGCCUCCAUUCCACCACACCAGGUUCCCUCCUCCUCCUCCCGUGCCAGCAGCCAUGGAGUACAACCCAGAUGCUCCAAGCAUGGAGCCUCGAAUGACUUGGAAUAGGAUGCCACCAAGGGGAGGACCUGGUAACCGCGGUCGUAUGGUUCGCGGUCCUCUUCCUCCUCAAAAUAUGUACAAUCCGGUCGGUCAACAACAAACUCGGGAGCUUGUCUCUGUGCCUCUCAACGACCAUUCUGGGCCAAUGAUGGGUCACCACCCUGGAGGUGGUAUGGGUUUCAAGAGACCCAUGCAUCAAGACAACAAUCAAAACUACCCAAUGCAUGGAGAGACUCUGGCUUUAGAUGGACACUCGCCCCUCAAGAGGCGUCAUGGCUUUGACUAUGGUCGAUUAGGCCCAGCUGGAACAAGAAUGAAACACAACCAAGGAAACUGUUCGUUGGAUGUGAAGAAAAUUCCUCGCAAUAUGAACAACAUUACUCAUUUGAAUAAUCACUUUACAAAGUUUGGAAAAAUUGUCAACAUCCAAGUUCAGUUUGAAGGAGAUCCUGAAGCAGCUCUUGUCACAUUUUCCUCUCAUGCUGAAGCUAAUGCUGCUUAUCGGAGCACUGAAGCUGUGUUAAACAACCGCUUCAUCAAAGUGUUUUGGCACAAUAACAACAAUGGUGCUGUUGGCCAUGAGGCUAAGCAAGAGAAUCUACCUCCCAUGAAGCCUUCUGUUAAGGACAGAUUAGGAGCCCAAGUGCCACCCAUGCAAGUGAAAGUUAUGAAUGCCAAGGUAGCCCCUCAACUUACUGAGGAAGAGAUAGAGGAGCAAGUCAUGAUGUCUGGCAACAGCCUCACCAAGACAUUGUACAUCAAGAAGGAGGUGACUCCUGCCCCAGUGCUAGCUACUCAUGUUAACAAGGCGCAAGCUGUCGCCCAGGCACAAGCCCAGCAAGCGGCGGCUGCAGCGGCUAUGAAAGCUAAAUUACAGGAGGUGGCCGUUGCUAAACAAAAUUUGAAGAAGAAACAGGAAGAGAAACGCCGUGAAGCCCUUCAAAUAACUGCUGAUUUAAGAAAACGUAAACAAGACCUGUUAGAAAAACAGCUGGAUCAACAAAAGCAGCUUAUCCAAAGACUUGAAAAACAGGAUAUAACUAAAGAACAGCGCCAAGAUGUAAUGACUACAAUUAAGUCCCUACAAGAAAGUGUUGAAAAAAUCCGCAAAGAUUUGGCAGCAGUUGUAGGGAACACAAAUAACAAUGUUAAAGUUCCUUCUCUGAAAACGGCUAAACCUCCUCCGGUAGCAAAGGCUCCUACCCCAAACCUAGUCAAGAAAACAAUAGAGGAGGCACAAAGAGAAAUUUUGGAUGCUGAGCUUGAUAUCAUAGCCAAACAGCAAGAAGGUGAGGAUGUUGCAGAACUACAACGGAAAGUUGUCAUCCUGAAGAUGGAAGCAGCUAACCAGGCAAUUGUUCAAUCUCCCAAUAAACCUAUGCGCGGGUCGCUCCGAACUGUCCGUGGACGAGGUGUACCUCGUCCUUUGGCCACCCGCAAUCCAGCUUUGUAUCGCACUGGGGUGCGGCGAGGUGGUUUCACCGGUCAUAGUGUAGAUCACAGGCCAUCCAAAAUCCUCGUGUCAGGCUAUGAAGAGGAUGAUAAAGUCGAUGUCUUGGCCCAUUUUGCACAAUAUGGACAGAUUGUUGAUCAUGAAAGUGAUGAUGCCAUCCCAUCCUUAGUCCUUAAUUAUAAGUCCAGGAAAGAAGCAGAGCUGGCAAUGACAAAAGGUAGAAACUUUGGGGAUAGGCUGCUGUCCAUUACCUGGCAUGCUAGUGUGCCAAGGCCUGGUCGGAGUGCACAUCCUCAUCUUUUGUCGACUGUUCAUCUCAACUCUCAUCGGAGACAAGUUAUGAUGGUGGGCGAAUCAGGAGAGCUCAUUGACGAUGGAGAAGGUGCUGCUGAAGAUGAGGAAGAGCUCGUUGGUUUGGAUCUUGAACCCAGUGAAGAAGCGUUGCUGCUUGAUGACGAGGAAGACGAUGAAGACGGUGAAGACCGCAGUUGGCGUCGAUAACUGUGUGCUUUCACUGCUCAGCUGGCUCAAUCAGAAGCUGAGCACAGUAUCUACCCUUAACAUCACUUCCAGCAAGUUACUUUUGUUUGUCUUUUAUUUUUCUCACAUGAAUUUUUAAACAACUUCACUGAACAUAUGUUGACUCACAUUCACCUCUAUAAAUUACUUAAAAUGUACUCUGUUUACAUUAUCUCACAAACAUCUUCAUUUCUAUAUUAAUCAAUUCCCCCUCCCAUUAUCUCCCCUUUAUUAGUCCUUAAUGGAUUUUUUUUUUUACAUUAAAUCAUUGUGAAGAUUUUUUUUGUUUUGUUGAUUUUUCUGUUUUUACUAUGAAAAUGACAGUAGUAAUCUUGUGAUAACUUGGUUGCAUUGUUUGCUGGAAGUGUGUUUUGGCCAAGACUGAUAUGUGUGUAUUAAUACAUCAACCAUGGGUAUGCCAGAAGGCACCACUCUCAGGCCACAUAGUGUAUGGCAAGUUCUUAACUUGAUUGGUAGUCACUUUCUAUUUGCUUGCCUCUGCUUUCUCUGGAACAGCGGAUGACUCUUGACAUGCUGAGCAUGCCAUGCAACCAUGUAUAUUAAGUGAUUUGUUGCUUUGUUUUUAAGUACUGAAAUUCUGUAUUCUUUGUAGGUAUGUAUAUUAUCUGAACAAGUGUUUGUUGUGCUAUUGUGUUUACUACUUUUUUGCUGCAUGAGGAGAAAAGUGAAUGUUAUAUUGUUUUCUCCUUUUACAAUGGUGUGCAGUAUGUAAGGUUGUAUAAUAAUAAAUACCACCACUGGGAAAAACCAUGCAUGUUCUUUUCACCAUGUUAGAAAGCGUUUUUAAUGCUUUCCCACUGUGAUUGGUUUUCCUUUUUUUUUUCAUUAGUUUUAGUAAAGUCCAUAACUACAUUCUGGAGUAUGUGGCUUGACAAGAGGACAGAUAGUUUUAAAAUCAUCUCACUUUGUCAGUGAAGCAAUAAGGGUAAAUCUGUGUGACAUGAACGAUUUUAAAUGCUGGCAUUUGCAGUUGAAUCAACCUAGUUUUUUAUGUUUUUCUUCUGUGAUGUCAUAUCAAGGCCGCAUGUAUCAAUUCAUGAAAUUUGGUAUUUUGGUUGUGCUUUAAACACAAAUAUGCACCCAUGAGAAGACUCUGUAUCAUAAAUAAUAUCUAAGCCAAUCACAUUUUGUGGGGGGGUGAAAGUCUCAUUCUAAAUUUGACCAUUCAAUCAUGAAUUUGUACCUAUAAUGGAAGUCACUGCCUCAUCUAAGUUAGUACAAAUUAUUUCUGUAAUGUUCUCUAGUGCUCCUUGUUUGAACCUAAGACAUACUAUCAUUUGGCUUGUACCAAUUUUUUUGUUCUUGCUACACAAUAUAUGCAUAGCCAAACAAACAGCUCAGCUGCAUAACAACAAUUUAUAAAGUAUUUGAAUUGAUAUGAUUUUACCUCUUAUCUGGAGUUCACAAGGUUUUAUCCCAACACCAUAUUUUAUUAGACUUGAACAACUUUUUUCUCCUUUUUCGUUUGUUUGUGUGAGUUACAUAUUCUUUGCCUUUCCUCAUAAAAUUAUAAUUGCAAGGAUAACUUGAUGUUGCUGAUCGAUCUGCUUUGUUUCUCCUCUUCUAUUUAAAUUUCAGAGUGUUGUUUAAAGUGUGUAAGAUAAUGAAGUGUACCUGCUUUAAGUUAAAUGGCCAAAUGGGCAUUGAGUAGAUUCUCUUCAUGCAGUUUUGACGUUUUUCUUUCAUUUUUUUGUCUCAAAUAACUGGUGAGUAGAACACUGUGCACUAUUGAACAAAACAAAUUUGAAAAUGUCUGUUCUUCCAGUAGAUGUCAUUUGGGUAUUUCGUAUAUUGUAAACCAUUUCUACACAAUUUUUUCAAUCCUUUUCAUGGAGACAGUGUUCCUACAGUUGCAUUGUUAUAAAGACAUAAUUUUUAUAACAGUUAAA